AUGGAUACGAUCAGUGAGAGGUCUGAGAAAUCACAUAUCGAGCCUUCGAUCGUUAUGGAUCCUAUAAGAAAACAACAAUCGUAUAAGGAAGAACAAAUCCAAGUAUCAAGUAUGAGUUUGGUGAGCAAUGGCUGCGUUAAUUACAGAGGGAGGAUUGCUGACAAGCGAAACACCGGAGGCUGGCGAGCUUCUCCCUUUAUUAUCGUGAAUGAGGUGGCGGAGCGGCUGGCGUUUUUCGCGGUGGCGGUGAGCAUGGUGUUGUAUUUAGUGAAAGAGAUGCAUCAAUCGCUACCAAACGCAGCCACGCAUGUUACGGAUUGGAUCGGAGCUGCGUAUGUGCUUACACUCGUCGGGGCUUUCAUUGCUGAUGCUUACUUGGGACGAUUCUUGACUAUCAUCGUCUUCUCUUUUGUCUACUUUGGGGGAAUGGUGAUGCUAACGAUUUCAGCAAGAUUGGACAGUUUACGGCCACCUGUUUGCCUCAAACUGCCAUGCCCGCCGGCGACCGACGGUCAAACUGCGUUUCUCUACACCGCACUAGGACUUAUUGCCAUCGGCACCGGUGGGAUCAAGCCGUGUGUUUCUUCCUUCGGAGCUGAUCAAUUUGACGAAGAAGAUGAUCGAGAAGUGUUGAAAAAAUAUGCUUUCUUUAACUGGUUCUUCUUCGCCAUUAACAUGGGUGCACUACUCGGAAUCACCCUUUUGGUGUACGUACAACAAGAAAAAGGGUUCGCUUGGGGUUUCGGUAUCCCCACCAUAACCAUGUUCAGUUCCAUCUUCAUUCUGUUGGCCGGAUUCUCGAGUUACCGGUACAAAAAACCGAUGGGGAGUGCUUUCACGAGGUUUGUGCAAGUGAUGGUGGUUGCCGUGAAAAAUCAUCUCCGGGGAGUUAGUGCUGUUUCCGGUGACCAACUUUACGAAGUGUCCACUCAAGAAUCUGAUAUCUUCGGUGCAAGAAAACUCCCUCACACUCCACAAUACAGGUUUUUAGACAAUGCGGCGGUUUCCGUCGACGACCACCAAUCGUCGAUCACACCAAACAGAUGGAAACUAUGCACAGUGACACAAGUCGAAGAAUUCAAAUGCUUCAUAAGAGUCUUGCCGGUGUGGGUAACCACCAUCGCCCUCUCCAUCUCCUUCGCCCAGCUCUCCACCUUCUUCCUGAGUCAAGCCGCCAUCAUGGAUCGGAAACUUGGCUCAAACUUCGUCAUCCCAUCAGGCUCAGUGCCGGUCUUCUCCGCCAUUAACGCCCUCCUCCUCGUCCCCAUUUACGAAAAAGUCAUCGUCCCUUUCCUCCGUAGCAAAACCGGCCACCACCGUGGCCUUACUUCCUUACAGCGAAUGGGUGUCGGCCUUUUCAUCUCCAUUUUCGCCAUGGCAUCAGCUGCAGUGGUGGAACAGAAACGCAGAACUCAUCCAAACCCUAAAUCCCUAAGCGUUUUCUGGUUGUUUCCUCAGUUUUUUCUCAUGGGCAGUGCCGAGGUUUUCACGUACGUCGGACAAUUGGAGUUCUUCUACGACGAAGCUACAGAUGGUACGAGGAGUAUAAGCAGUGCGAUGUUUCUAAGUGAAAUCGGGAUCGGAAGCUGGCUGAGUACUGCAAUUGUGAAGAUCAUCGAAAAGGCCACCGGGAAGGAGGAGAAAGGGUGGUUGAGGAACGAUUUGAAUGCUAGUAAGCUGGAUUAUUUGUAUUGGAUAUUAAUGGCGAUUAAUGUGGUUAAUUUGGUGGUUUAUUUGUGGGUUGCUCGACGGUAUAAGGGUAGAGAUGGAGCCAGUGCCAAUGGAAGUGUUAGAGAUGAAGCCACGGUGGUUGUUCCAAGUGAUUAGGACUCAUUUUUAUUUCAUUGUUUUCCAACAUUUAUUUGUAUUUAGGUUACCAAAACCACCAUGUUUAUUUUCUUUGUUUUCGUUA